GGGGGGGGGACGAUGUGGACCCACUGUUUUUGCUGAAACAAGCGAACGCGGACGUGAAGGAAAUCGGGGUGCUGUGGAGUGAUGUCGGGGGGAGAGGACCGGGACGGGGAGGCGGCCGCGCCCCUGUACGUGUACGAGUCCAAGGUGCACUGUGCGAACGUGCUGCUGAGCCUGGAGGAGCAGAGGAGGCAGGGCGUCCUGUGUGAUGUCACUGUUCUGGUGGAGGGGAGGGAGGUGCGAGCUCACAGGGCCAUACUCGCCGCCAGCAGCAGGUACUUCCUCCAGGCGCUCCUGCACAACGGGACCCCGAGCCAGAGCGAGCUGGUCAUCACGCUGCCAGAGAAGGUCACAGCUAAGGGCUUCGCUCCGCUGCUCCAGUUUGCCUACACUGCCAAGCUCAUCUUAAGCCGCGAGAACAUCCACGAGGUGAUCCUGUGCGCGGACUUCCUCGGCGUUCAUAACCUGGAGGACUCCUGUUUCCGCUUCCUCCAGGCCCAGCUGCAGAACGACAGCCAGCACGCCCUGAACGGAAAGGCGGAUUCGGACGACGAUGUAAUGGCCGAAGAGUUCAACGAGGCUCUCCCAUUGGGCGACGCGAUGACGGAACACAGGCAGCAGACCAAUCAUGUAGCACCCACUGCGCCACUGCCCAAAUACAGCCCCAAAUACAGGAAGUACCAGUAUCCAAUCAUCGACAACAAGCACAACGGCGAGAAACAUCACGACGAGAUAGUUUUGCCGAACCGUACCUCAGCCAGCCCGCUCAACUCCCACUACCAGGAUCCUUCGCAACCGCUCCUGACGCCUUCGAGAAUCAAGGAAGAACCGUAUUCGUUUGAGGAAACCAGAGAAAACAGGAAUGGUUAUAAUCCCGAGUUGUGCACAGAGGAAGUUUUAGAGAUGGAGUUGGAAGUGGAAGGGGUACCAGUAGCAGCAGAACACUCGCCGGGCCAAGGCUCGCCCUCCUCCUGUUUACGAUCCUACCUCCAAAGGGGCGGCUUGGACCUGAGCGCAGUGCCCAGUACGACCAUCCAGCAACUCCUCACCAACAGACUCUCUCUCAACCACUACAGGGAUCUAGUGAAGGACCGCGCGAGGGACAAGAACGUGGACAGAUCGAAAGCGUCGUCGUCAAAACACGAGGGAGAGGUAGACCGGCGAAGUAGCGUGAUUUUCUCGUCAGCGGCCGGAGAGCGACACGUGGGCCAUUCGUAUAUCGAGGACACGUUUCGGGAAAAAGUAUCGGCGCUGAUGCAGGUGGAGUCGCCGUCAAGCGGAAGGUCAUGUCUCACCACAAGUUGCCCCGUCAAACCAGCAGCCCACUCGCCUUCUCCAUCAGAGCCCCAAACACAAACCUCCAGCUCCAGAUCUUCGUUCUCCUUCCCGGACGACGGAGGGAGCGGGAUUUCGCCAUCCAGCAUGCCCCAGUUUGACUACUCCUCGUCCCCGCGCUCAGGGUCCAUCUCGGGGCUGUCCCACUGCCUGGCCGGCCUGGUGGAGCAGAGGAACCCUCAGGACUGCUCCAAAAUCAAGACUGAACAAAGCUUCGGAACCAGCGGGAUGAACUCCAGUGACGAGUCUGGGUCUUUCUCAGAGGGGGACAGCGAGAGCGGGGUCUCCAUGAGAGUCUCGGGUCCUGAGGUCAAACUGCCCUUCCCCGUGGACCAGAUCACAAACCUGCCGCGGAACGACUUUCAGAUCCUGAUCAAGAUGCACAAACUGACCUCAGAGCAGCUCGAGUUCAUCCACGACAUCCGCCGCCGCAGCAAGAACCGCAUCGCCGCACAGCGCUGUCGGAAGAGGAAACUCGACUGUAUUCAGAACCUGGAGUGUGAAAUACGCAAACUGGUUUGUGAGAAGGAGAAGUUGCUGAGCGAGCGUAACCAGCUGAAGGUGUGCAUGUCGGAGCUGUGGCAGAACCUGUCCUUCCUCUCUCAGCAGGUGUGUCGGGACGUCCAGCCGCCUCCCGUGUCCGCCAGCAUCGACCUCACGUCCACCCCGCCCUCGCCCUCCUCCUCCUCCCCCCGGGGCUCUCCGCCGAGGCCCGGCUCCCCCGCGGACACGGGCGAAGAGGAGCGCGAGGGGGCGGACGUGUCCCGAGACUGCCCCCUGGUGCUGGGGUCCACCGAGGAAGUAUGUAGCCCCACCGUCACCGUGGACUUCUGCCAGGAGAUGACUGACAAAUGCACAACAGAGGAGCAGAGGCGGGGCCUGGAGUCUGGGACGUCCCGGGUCUGAACCUCCAUAUCUGAUGUAUUUUGUCUUUUUGUAACGUUGUCUCAGCAAUACUGUUGAACAGGUAUUUUUGCAUCGCGAUCUAACAAAUGCACUGGCAGCUUCUCUCUUUCUCUCUGUCUCACUCUCCUCUUCCUGUCAGCGUCCCUCUCAGUGCAUCAUGGGAGGUUAAACUCAGGAAAUGCUCCGAAUGUUCAGUAAUUUCUCAUGUACAUGCUUUUUGCUUCACUGUCCCGUCCUGACUUGAAUAUUACGUUUCAAAUACAGUUUUUUCAUUUAUAUCAUUAAAAUAAGUGAUGAGUAUAAACCUGAUGUUGUUAGUUUAACGUCUGAGGACAAAGCACACGACAAUAAGCUAAACUCUCCUAGUACUGAAGAACAUUUAUCGGCCUGACAUUUUACAGGCCGUUCAGUGUCAGUGUGAGCUCCGCCGUUUAGUUUGACAAAGUGAAACUUCUACUUCCAGAGACACAGCACAUGUGUAACUCAAACUAACUUAAACGGGCUUUAUAAAGUUAAAGAGAGAGACGGAUACUCUAAGCUAAGAUGAGCUAAGCUAACAACUCCUCACCGUACGCACAGGUUCUUUUCUCCAGAGUUUUGUCUGUGGUGUUUAAGUGGCACAGGACAGUGAAGUGUAAAACACAACCAAAGGUGUGUAUUUGUAAACUGCUACAUUUGGUCAAAUGUCUCAUUAUGCAAAGCUUGUUUUGUCAAAUGUUCACAUUUCUAUUUUCUCGUAGACAAAGGAUAUAAAGUUUUUCCUGCCUUUUUCAAAUCUGUGCAAAGAGACAGAAUCACAUAAGGCUGAAGCAGCGCUCAGCGCCUCCAAGAGGCGACGCAUUGAAUGAACAUGAGGUGACACUGGCACUUAAACGACCCCAGAGAAUCACUCAAAUGUGCAGGUUCAAAGGUCAUGCUGGUGUUUUCUGUUUCGUUUUCUGAAGCAAUGUGACAUGUAGAUAUUUAUAAAAUGCAUCGAGUGAACUGUUUUUGAUGUUAUUGUGAAAUAGCAAGUACAAUCAUUUCUAAGAAUUGUAAUAAACCAGACCGACCCCGGUCUCCAAAGGUUAAGCAUCGUAGUUUUAAACUUGAAAUGUGAAAUCAGAUUAAACCCAAACAAAAACACCAGUAUGCUCCUUUAGACACUACCUUAAAUGAAACGCUUAUUUAUUGUGCUAUAUGUAAUAUGAAUAGUGUUGUACUUAUGUAUGCAAUGUCAUUGUACACAGCACUAAACACCCUGAGGUCCAGUGUGUGAGUGUGAAACACUUCUGUUUUCAACAAUUGGCACAAAACGUGUAAAAACAUGUCAAAUAAGGAGUUUGUACACUUCAUAGUGAACCCUAUGAAGUCCAACGCUCCAAACACAACACAAUGGCACAUUAUUGAUUUAGGGAGAUGCCAAAUUCAUCUGCUGUAGAAAAGUCGAUGAGGAAACACGUGGCAGUGGUGAGUGCAGCUCUGCACACGGCACUGGCAUCUGAAUAAUGGCCAGACAGUAUUAGGACAAAUUCACUUUUAGUUUAGUCUAGAGCUAAAAACCUAAUGUGUUGGUGUUCAACAUUAAAACAAAAGUUACAAUCAAAAACCUGUCGUGUAAAAAGUGAAUCGAUCCAAUAAGCCAAGCUAAACUCUUAUUCGAAUGUACGUCUUAACGGAUAUUUUGAAUGGUUAUAUCUCCGUAAUGUGAACUUGUUGCUAACUUAUUUAUUUGGUUGUAUGUGGAAAGGGGAAGGGGCGGGCUGUAGAGGAAAAGGUUAGUUGUACAUUGUAGGUCGGUAUCAGACUGAUAGGACUGAACUUUGGUAAUAGAUGUAAUUUUGAUUGUUUAUAAUUUGUCUUUAUUUACAUGUCACUUAAGUUGUUCUAUUUUAACUCAAAGGGUGUAUGUUUACAAUUUUGUGCAUUUCUUGUUGUUAUUUUUUUUGUUUUGUAAAAAUUUAAGAAGUCCUUGCAAAUUAGGUUGUAGAAAAAUCAGCUAAAUUAUUUUUUAGUGUAAGUUAAAAUCGUUGACUUUUUGAGCAUCUGUGCAGCUACAAGUUGUUGCCUUAGAGGUUACAGAGGCCAAACUACUAUUUUCAGUGAGGGAACAAGGAACUGUCAAGCAAAAAGUCCCAAAAUACAAAAAACGUGGCCCCCCAAAACGGGACAUUAGCGAGAGACGUUAGCGUUUGUGAAGUUUACAACGAACCAGAUCCUUGGACCAACUCUGCGUUAUUUAUUUUUUCACUCUCUGACUCUUAAUGGAGGGACCUUUUUCAAAAUGCAUUUCUUUUUUUUAAUAAAGUGGCACCAUUUUGUUGCCGUACGCAGCGUCACAAAGACCAAUAGUCCUGAUUGAUUUGUUUGAAAAUCGGUUUUGUUACCUUAAAAGUCUCACUAAAUGAAACUUUCUGAUAAUUUGGCGUCAUAAAAACUGUUUCUAAAAGACACAGAUUUAAAUAUUUAUGAGCUUUUCUACCUUCCACCGGGAGAAGACACCGGGGACGACCCAGGACACGAUGGUCUGGGGACGCCUUUGGGUCCCACCGGAGGAGCUGGAGGACGUGUCUGGGGUGAGGGAAGUCUGAGUCCCUGCUUAGACUGAUGCCCCCAAGACCACACCCCAAAUACGAGGAAGAACAUGGACGGAUGGAGUUUUUCUAACUGACAAAUACAAAGUGUUUAUAGAUGCUUUGCAAGAAGAAACCCACAUUUGACUUUAACUGAUAGCACUUGUCUCUACAUUAGUUUUUAAACAAUUCUUCUCGCUUUGCCAUCACAAAAUCAUUUCCAAACUCAUAAAAAUAAAUCAAAACAGCCAAAAUAAUGAUAAAAUACGUCCAAAUACUUCCCCGUGUCGACAAACUGUCAGGACUAUUCAACAUUACUCUAGAAUAUUUCUUUCUAAGCUCCAUUCUGGAUUCACUCAGGCCAAAACUUAAUGAAAUGAUUGUUUUUCUGAAGGACUUUUGGAUCCCAUGCCUUUGACACACCAUAGGAAGUACCUUAAUCGUUCACGUUUACACUGGGGAGCAGUUGGGGGGCCACUUCCAUUGAUCCUGCGACAGAUUGUGAUUUCAGGGUUCUUUUAAAAACCUUGGUUGAACGGACUCUUCUCAAACACUUAUCUACCUGGAUUCAGCAUACCUCUUUGUAUGAACAGACCUGUACCAUAGACAUGUAGAAACUUUAUGUGGCAUCAUUUCUAACUUUUUACACUGGUAUCAUUGUAUUUGUAGACUUCUGGUGAGCCAUUUUUUAUGUGUACUUUACUUUGGGUACCUGCGACAUGACUGUUAUUAUCUGCAUUUUUAUUUUAUUUUUUAUCUUUGACUAUUCGAUUUUAACAUGAUUUUUGAUUUAGAUAUUUGUAAAUAUAUUGUGAGCGAGAUGUCAUGUUUUCUUUAUUUGA